GCACGCGCUUUCUCUAAUCAAAACUCAAACUCGUUUGCUAAAACGAAGAAGAAGAAGAAGAAGAACUCAUCACACACAAAGUCUCGUCCUUUUUGUUUUUUUUUCUUUGUUCUGAUAGUGUCUGUCUAUUCCUGUAAUCUAGAUCCAAACUCGAUUUCAUCAUCCUCUGCUCUCAGCUCUUGCAGCUGUUGUUGUCUUCUCUGUAUUCAUUCGAUCGAUGUUCAAAAUGCGUUCUUUUAUGGCUUCUGUCAUCCUUCUCAGCUACUUUGGUUUGUGUUGUUCGCUCAUGGACCAAGGUGUAGAUGUUCUGAGAAGUGAAGGCAGUUUAAAGAAAGAUCUAUGGUCAGAUGGAGAUUCCAAUCAUUUGAAAGCUGUUGGAUUUCACAGGAAAACACUUGUCCGUCAGCAAAUCAAUUACAAGGAUUUGCCUUCUAGAAAAAACCCCAAGAACCUUCCUCCGGCUGCAACCAUCGCACCAUCAUCAUCCCCGAAACCUUCUCCAAAACAUGUUUCAGCUAAACCUUCAACAGUUCCGGAGCCACAAAAGAGAUCAUCUACACAAGAUGUUUCACUUUCUCCAUCUGUCUCAGUUGCAAUUUCUCCCCCUCCAAGAAAAAAGUCUGAUUCUUCUUCAGUAGUUGUUCCACUUGUGGUUGGCUGCGUAUGCGGUGCUGUUUUUCUUCUCCUAGUAGCUACUGGCGUCUACUUUUACAGACGUAAGUCUUGCGAAACUGUGAAUCCUUGGCGUACGGGUCUCAGUGGACAACUUCAGAAAGUUUUUGUAACUGGCAUCCCUGUACUCAAAAGAUCUGAGAUUGAAGCCGCAUGUGAAGAUUUUAGUAAUGUCAUUGGAUCUUGCUCACUUGGGAAAUUGUUCAAAGGAACACUAUCAAGUGGAGUUGAGAUAGCUGUCGCUUCAUUUGCUACUACCUUUGCUAAAGACUGGAAGAACAAUACAGAAGUUCACUUUAGGAAGAAGAUCGAAAUGUUAUCGAAGAUCAACCACAAGAACUUUGUAAACCUACUUGGUUACUGUGAGGAAAAGGAACCUUUCACCAGGAUCUUGAUCUUUGAGUAUGCUCCAAACGGAUCACUCUUUGAGCAUUUACACAGUAAAGACUCAGAACACUUGGACUGGGGAAUGCGGUUAAGAAUAGCAAUGGGUUCAGCAUAUUGCCUUGAGCAUAUGCACCAACUCAAUCCACCUAUAGCUCACACCAAUCUCGUCUCAUCUUCUCUUCAGCUUGCAGAGGAUUAUGCUGUCAAAGUAUCAGAUUUCAGUUUCGGUCCAUCUGAGACAGAUACUAGCAUCAACAACACAAUCAUAGACACACACACCUCAGUCUUGACUCCCCAAGACAACGUUUACAGCUUCGGUUUACUGUUAUUCGAAAUGAUAACCGGGAAACUCCCAGAAUCGGUUAACAAACAUGACUCAGCAGAUAGCGGGCUGGUCGAUUUCUUAAGAGGAGAGACUCUAGCCAAGAUGGUAGAUCCAACACUGGAAUCUUAUGAUGAGAAGAUUGAGAAUAUAGGUGAAGUGAUCAAAUCAUGCCUCAGAACAGACCCGAAAGAGAGGCCUACAAUGCGAGAAGUCACAGGAUGGUUACGGGAGAUAACGGGAAUAUCACCUAACGAUGCUACGCCGAAAUUGUCACCUCUUUGGUGGGCAGAGUUGGAGGUUUUGUCAACGUCAUAAGAGAUCCCUUCACCAAUAAAUCUGUAUAUAUUUUGAAGAUGUGAGACUGUGAGUUCAAGUAAAAUCUAUAGACAUGUAUAUGAUGAAUUAGUGUGCAAAUCGGAAAGAAAGUUCUUGUAGGAAUUA